GUAGACGCGUGGACGCGGCUGCUCUGCGUGUGUGCGUGCGUGUGUGUGUGUGUGUGUGUGUGUGUACUCCCACAUGCUUAGUGCUAUCUGGAUCUGGGCAGUAGCAGCAGUACCUCCCCUCUUUCUUUUCCCGCCCCCCCUUUCUCCUCCCCCCCCCCCUCCGUUGCUUUUGUCUUGAGGGUGUUGUGGGUUUGUGUGGUUGGGUGUUUUUUUUUUUUUUAAUUAUUUUUUUUUUGGAUUUCAGACUAAUUUUCUGGAGUUUCUGCCCCUGCUCUGCGUCAGCCCCCACGUCACUUAGCCAGCAGUAGCAGUGGCGGCAGCGGCGGGGGCUCCUGGAAUUGGGCUGGAGCGGGAGCUGGGGCUGCUUCAUCCUCGGCUGUGCGAGGAGGAGGACAGAGCCUCCCGCCGGGAGCACUGAGUCGGGCGAGAGGCGCCGCCGCCGCUGCCGCCGGACUCCGUCUGUCUGGCCUCAAGGUGCUGCGGCUGCAUCUUCCGCUUCACAUCUUCCUUCUGCUCAGAACUCAGCUCCGCUGUCUUCAUCCCGGAUUUGGCACAGGCGUGAGCCCCCAGGAAGGGCAACUGAAUCCCCACCCACAGAAGGCGCGUGGAUAUGCUACAGCGGCAGCAGCUUCAGUAGUGCCCCCUGUGAAGAGGCUCAAGAUGCCCCAGCUGCUCUCGCCGCUUUGAGCAGUGCACACCGGGAUCCCAGAGACGCACAGCGUGCCUGGAGUAGAAUUAAGAACUACCCGGUGGGAACAGGACGGUCGGGGGCAGCAGGAGGCUCUUGAAGAGGGGGGCGGGGGGCGGGGUGGGAGGGUGUUGGGGAGGGUUGACAACCUUUGAAUUCUGGCUGGCUUCAGUGGUUAGGGAUGUUGUCCUGGAAGAAGUGUCAUGGACCGGGCAUGGCGCGCCUCUUGGGCUUCUGCUGGUUGGUUCUGGUCUUCUGGAGGGGCUCCCAGGCUUGCCCCACAUCCUGCUCAUGCAGUACCACUCGGAUCUGGUGCAGCAAUCCUUCUCCCGGUAUCAUGGCCUUUCCUAGGCUGGAAUCAAACAGCCCUGAUCCAGAGAACAUUACCGAAAUUUAUAUUGCAAAACAGCCGAAGUUAGAAUCCAUCACUGAAGAUGACCUGGAAGGCUAUGUGGGACUGAAGAAUCUAACGGUGGUGGAAUCGGGACUAAGAAUGGUGGCUCAUCAGGCCUUUCUGAAAAACCCCAAUCUGCAGUACAUCAAUUUCACCAAGAACAAAUUGACAAGUUUGUCUAGGAAGCAUUUCCGUCAUCUCUUCUUAUCUGAGCUUACCUUAGUGGGCAAUCCAUUGAAGUGCUCUUGUGACAUCCUCUGGGUCAAGACAUUCCAAGAGAUUAAAUCCAGUUCAGAGACUCAGGAUUUAUACUGCACAAAUGAGAACAACCAGAAGAUUGCUCUGAGAGACCUGAAGAUACCCAACUGUGUUGUGCCAUCAGCAAAUCUGAUCACGCCCAAUCUCACAGUUGAGGAAGGGAAGUCCAUCACAUUGUUUUGUAACACAUCAGGACAUCCAGCUCCUGAUGUAUCCUGGGAUGUCGGUAAUCUGGUUUCCAAACAUAUGAAUGAAACAAACAAGGCAUCGGCCUCCUUAAAGAUAACUAACAUUUCAUCUGAUGACAGUGGAAAGCAAAUCUCUUGUGUGGCAGAAAACAUUGUAGGAGAAGCUCAAGAUACUGUCAACCUCACGGUGCAUUUUGCACCAACUAUCACAUUUCUCGAAUCUCCAACCUCAGACCACCACUGGUGCAUUCCAUUCACUGUGAAAGGAAACCCCAAACCAACGCUGCAGUGGUUCUAUCAAGGGGCUAUUCUGAAUGAGUCUAAGUACAUCUGUACUAAAAUACAUGUUACCAAUCACACCGAAUACCAUGGCUGCCUUCAGCUGGAUAAUCCUACUCACAUGAACAAUGGUGUCUACACCUUAAUGGCCAAGAAUGAGUAUGGCAAAGAUGAUAAGUGGGUCCAGGCUCACUUCAUGGGUCGUCCUGGAAUUGAUGACGGUACAGACUCAAAUUACGAUAUUGAACUUUAUGGUAGCUAUGAUUAUGAGACCACAUCUAAUGAUAUUGGAGAUACUACAAAUAGAAGUAAUCAAAUCACUUCAACGGAUGUUUCCAACAGAGAGAAUGAAGAUAGCAUCACGGUGUAUGUCGUAGUGGGAAUUGCGGCUUUGGUGUGCACUGGUCUGGUGAUAAUGCUGAUUAUUCUUAAGUUUGGAAGACACUCCAAGUUUGGCAUGAAAGGCCCUUCUUCAGUUAUCAGCAAUGAUGAUGACUCCGCCAGUCCACUCCAUCACAUCUCCAAUGGAAGUAACACUCCAUCUUCUUCAGAAGGAGGCCCUGAUGCUGUCAUAAUUGGAAUGACCAAGAUUCCUGUCAUUGAAAAUCCCCAGUACUUUGGAAUCACAAACAGUCAACUCAAGCCAGACACAUGGCCCAGAGGUUCCCCCAAGACCGCCUGAUAAUAAUUUGGUAUUUGGAAGCUCCUGUAUCACUGCAGGAAUUAAAGGAGCCUAAAUCCAGGCCUGAUGGAGGAGAAGAGUUCUAUGGUUUAUCUACAAAUUCUGGCCAGACAACACCUUGACGUCACUCCUUAGCUUCUCUAACAUAGCCAAGAAAAGAAGUUACCUUCCAAAGACAAUACAGUAUGCUCUAUUGACCAUCCCCAACCAAGUAGUAUGCCACUUUAACUGUAGACCAAUCUCCUCGAUCAAUCAGGAUUUCAAGAUGGUGGUGAUGAUAUUAGCGACAUCAAGUAUGGAGCUUGUCUUCUGUAGUUAAUCCAACUAGUCUGUUUAGGCCUAGCAGCUUCAUCUGACAGCAUGAGUUGGUUUCCCAAUAGGAUCUGACAAUUUGGGGUCAGCAAGUGGCCCUAUUGCCACUUUCUCCUUGACUUCUGAGAAGGUCUUUUGCUCACAGGGCACAAUGGAAACAGCUCUUCUGGGCUGAAAAGACUUAAAGCUUGUGUUCCCUUGAAAGAUGGAGAUUUGUUAUGCCUUCCCUUUUAGAAGGUGAACCCCUCAGACUCACUGUGCUCCCUCUGAAAUUGCGGUUUUCCCCCUCCUUUGUCAGUGGUAACUCUAGUGCAGUCAUGCAAAUUAGUCUGGAUUAUCUGUCUUUGCUGUAUGUAUCUGUAUGAAUCUAUCCUCAUAGAGUGUGGUGAACACAUACCUAGGGGUCAGUAGUAUAUUAUAGCGGAAAAACACUCAAGCAUUCGGGAUUUUGUCCAUUUCAAUUCUAUUUUCAGUUAUGUGAAUAUUAUUCAAUGCAUUCAUCCUGAGCCACAUUUCAUCAAAUCCUAUAUUUCAUAUAUGAAAUAUACGUAUUCUACAGAGGUAGCUUUCUCAUUCUACAUUCUGCAAAGCAAUGUAGACUCAUAGGACAAGAUCCAAAGGAGGUUAUAUGAAGACUAAGAGAAUAACAAAGGCUGCUGGAAAGUAAGAAUCUAAAAAAAAGGGAAUUUAACACCUAGGAAACCAAUCCAGCCCUCUUCAGUUGCCACAAUUAGCCACUGUGACAGUGAAAGUGACAGGAAGGGAGACAGCACUUGGGUCAGCAUGUAGGUUUUUUAAGCUUAUUCGUAAAGUUGCUCCAGAACAGGGCUUUUAACGUGUAUGUGUGUCAAGGACCCCUCUGGCAACCCGAAGAAGUCUAUUCUUCUACAAAUAGUGUUUUUAAAUGCAUAAAAUAUAAUAUGUAGGAUUACAAAUGAAAUGAAUUAUAUUGAAAUACAAUUAUAAAAAUAUUUUUAAAAAAGAUUAUGGAACUUUGGUUAAGCACCUCUAUUCUAGAGCAACCAGAAGAUAUAUUUUUAAAAGUAUUUUGAGUACAUGUAAUUAAAAUUUCCCUCCAUGUUACAGAGUGAAGGCAGGACUCUCAAGGGUAUUGAGCAGGCAGUAUUUGAGGGAUCUGGACCCAUGAGCACUCACUACUCUGUCCACUGUAUCACACUGUGCUAGAAGCAAUAGUGAGACACUGAAGCUUCUUGAGUAGGGAAGCUAUUGGAUCAAAAUCAGUUCCCAGAGUUGAAAGAAACCUCAAAAGCCACCUAGGUUGACCCACACCAGAACAUAAAUUCCCUCUGCCACAUAAUGUCACACUCAAUGGCAAGGUUUCCUUGUUAUGACAUUGUAGAACACAUUUCCAAGAGCAUUGUGGGAAAUUGUCAGAACACAUUUAAAAUUGUAUUUGAAUUUCUUGGAGUGGAAGCAGCUAAAUUAAUGCUAUAUUUUUAUUUUACAAUUUUUGUUUUUAUUUUAGAAAUGCUACUGAAAUAGUUUAUUUCCAAAUCAAAUAUGAAGCUAUUUAGAUCAACAAGCAUUUAUUAGAUCCUUAUAGUGCCAAACACAUAGUAAAUGUUUAAUAAAUGUUUGGUAACUGUGUGCAAGGCACCAAACUGGGAGCUGAAGAGAUAAAAACUAUUUUUUAAAAAAAAAAGCAGUUCUUGUCUUCAAGAAACUUACAUUUUCAUUGUAGAGUACCACAUUUACACAGAUAUGCACAGAUAACUUGAUGAGUCCAACAAUUAGGGAGAUCAGAGAAGUCUCCCUACUGGAGAUGUCACCUAAUUUGAGCUAUGAAGAAAGUUAAGGAUUCCAGGAGGCAGAGGUAAGGAGUGAGGUCACUCCAGGCAGUUCUGUGAGAAGCAUAAUGUUGGGAGGUCAGAAAAUAGCAAGUAAGCCAUUUUGGCUGGGGAAUGGAGUACAUAAAGAAAAAAUAUCAUGAGAAAAUUCUAGAAAGGUAGAUUGGAGCCAAAUUGUAAAGGAAUGGAAAUGAAUACCAAGUAAAGAAGGCAGUACUUUAUCUUAUAGACAAUAGUAAUCCACUAAAAUUCCACAAAGAAAUAUUUGUUUCUUGCCAUUUAGACACUAUCAACAUAUCCACACCUUAGUCAAAGAAUUGUUAGGGCAUAUAGAACUAAUGUAAAGGGAAAACCCCAAUUCAGAUCCUGAAUCUAACACCUACAAUGGGGAAACGAUUCUGGAAUGGUGGUAGGAAGACUUUCAUAUCAGAAUCUACAAGGCACUGAUAACUUGAAGGCAUCAUCUAACCAAGAGAGGAAUUAUGAAGCAAACACACAUCAUAUAUUUCAAUUCAAAUUUUCCAAACCAUCAAUAGAAUCUUAAAAGAAUCCUAAUGGGCUUGAUAUCUUAAUGCCUUUGUUCUGGGUAUUUCCCAGGGUUGAGGCCAAUUCUGGAAAAGAGUUUACCAAAAGGAUUCAUGUAAUUUAAUAGGACCUACAUUUUUAUUUCCAGUUGAUUACCCUUGCGUGUACUAGCAGAUUGGUGAAUAGGAUAGUCCCAGCAAACUCUGAUACUAGAGAACCACUUUAAACUGUUAAGGAUCUUCUCAGAUGCUUGGAAAUUUGAGCACUCCCUUGGGUUGUUUGAAAAAAGUGAUGAGUAAAGAUUGUGAAAUGUCUGGGUUUUUUCUUAGAUGCAACAUACACUCUGAGUUCUUUAUAAGAAGGCAUAGCUUUUGCUCUUAUAAGGAUCUUUUUCUACCUUUGAAAAUUUGACUAGGCUCUGGGAUUCUGUUAUGAUCAUUCUUUUUCUCUUUCAUGGGAUCAUAGUAUUUAGAGUUGAAGAAUAGAGAGGUGAGGUUACUUGUCCAAGGUCACGCAGGAAUUAAUCAUUAGAACCAGGAUUCAAAUCCAGGUCUUUUGACUUCAUGACAGGGUCUUGAGAAUAUGAUACAUGCAGUUGUGUUGAAGGAACUGGGGAUGUUUUGUUUAGAGGAGAGGAGGCACAGGGUGGCAGAGGGAAGGUUAUCUUAUGGGGAAAAAAGGAUUCGACUUGCUCUAUCUAAUUGCAAAGAACAGAACCAAGGGCACCAGGUAAAACUUACAAAAAACAGAGUUAGGUGUGAUAAAAUAUCUCACAUUGAAUGCUUUCCAAAGUAUAAUAGAUUACCUUGAGAGAUAACAAAUUCCUUGUUAACUGGUAGUCAUGAGAGAAAGUCUGAUGGAUGACCAUUUAUUUGUUAGGUGUUUUGCCUACCAAAUUCUUUUGAGAGAAUGAAUGGGUUACCCCAGAUGGCUGCAGAGCUUCCUUCCCACUCUGAACCUUUGUGAUUCUGAUUCUGGCUCCAAAUCCAGUGUGAUUUUUUAUUUCAUUGUUGUUUAUUGUUCUUUCUCCAGAGGCUAUCUAUCUUGAUGGACAAGUAAGCAUGUUGUUUUCUGUGUAUUUGUUUUGAGUAAAUUGGAAAUACAGGUCUACUUUCUUGUCAUUAAAUCUUAAAGAUUCUUGGACCCAGAGAAGAAAGGGAACUCAGGUAGAUUGAAUGGAAAGGAGUCAGCAGGCCUAUAGAGUAAUACAGGAUAGGACUGUAGCCUAACCCUACUAUUCCUUUGGUUCCGUUUUUCAUCAGAUACCUUGGUGGGAGAACUCAGAUUAUAAUUCUGGUGGAAGUGACUCUUGGGCUUCUCAGUGCUUUAGCAUAGAGGACAAUACUAGGAAAGAUUGUCAAGGGGAUACAGACAAUAUUAGUUAAUGUUGGCAAGGCAUAAGAAAAUUUCAUAGAACAAAUAGAAUUUAGGAAAGCCUAAUGAUUUUAGAAAACUGUUCACAAGGUCAAACUGGGCCUUGCUUAAUCAUUUUGAAUAGUUUUUAAUCUCCUAUGACAUGCAGUCCACCCAUUUGGGACUGACAGUGUUCUUGUGUGGCAGGUGCCUUCAUAUAUUUUUGCAUGGGUUGAUGUUGGCCAUAACCAGAUGACUCUACUUCAAUUUAUUAUAGUCAAAAAUGCUCAAGAAAUAUGAUUUACAUGCUAUUGUAAGAUUCAUAUCUUUUGCUGCUAUGUGGCAACAUAGCAUCAGUGCUAGUAUUUUGUUUAUUAACCUUCUUAAAACUGACAGAUUAGAAAAAAUGAUUCCAAAAUAAAUGCAUUCUUGGAAUUUGUAAGAUAUCAGAUUAUUGUGGCAUUGCACUGGAAUGGAGAAGUUCUAAAAAGAAACAGUCUCAUAGACCACAAGGUCUAGUUUCGAGAUUGCUAUCAUUUACACUGAUAUAGUUACAUUACAUUAAGAACCAUUUAAAGGAAAUAGAUGCUACAUUAUUACUUUUCUUAUUGCUCUUACCAAACAUGCUUACAUAAUAAUUUUUGACAUCCUGGAUUCUCUGUAGAAUAGUCCAUAUAAUAACUCACAUUUAUUAUAAUAGGUCACAUUUUUAGGCUAUGAUUAAAAAAUCCCUUUUCACAUAAUGAUCCUUUGAGAUAGAUAAUAUAUGUAGUAAUAUUCCCUUUUUAAUUUUUUUGUAAUUUGAAAUUUUUUAUUUAAUUAAUGAAUUGAGAAUAUUUUUCCAUGGUUAUAUGAUUCAUGUUCUUUCCCUCACCUCUUCCUACCACCCUCCCUAGCCAAUGAGCAAUCCCACUGCAUUUUACAUGUGGCAUUUAUUGAUGAAAAAUAAUAGUUCAUAAAAGGGGAAAUAAUCUUAGAAUCAUAGAAUGGUAGAAUUGGAGGAGACCUCAGAGAUCAUCUAUUCUAACCUCCCCAAUUUUGUAAAUGAGGAAAUUGAUGUCUGAAGAGAUGAUGUAAUUUACCCAAGGCCACACAUCAAGUAAAUGUUAGGAUUUCAACACAAGUCCAGUGUUCUUUCCAUUCUAUUAUGCUGCUGUCAUAUUUGGAUAUUCAAGGCCACACACUAACCUUCUAAUGUUCUAAAAAAAAACAGUUGGCAUAGAGUUGGCUGGCUAAAGCCCUAUAAUAUCAGAUCUGAUUAAAAUAUCUAUAUACCCACAUACAGAACCAAUUUGUUCAAGGGAAUAGCACAGCAUUUCAUUAUGAAGGGCAGUCCUUUUGGACCACAUGAUUUUUUAUUCAAAGAUGCUACUGAUUGUAUUAUGUUUCAGAAGAUUUAGGACUGGAGGGUACAUUAGAGAUUAUUUAAUCCAACCUUCUUAUUUCAUAAAAGAGAAAAUUGAGGUAUAGGGGGAUUUAAAUGAAGAUUUGUCUAGGUAAAUCAGUAGCAGGACUUUGAACCCAGGUCUUCUGAUGUAAAUCAAGAACCUUUCUAUUAUACCUGGGGUUCUUGAACAUUUUUUGUCAUUACCCCUUUGGCAAUGUGGUGAAGCUCAUGGAAUUCUCUUAAAAUAAUACAUUUAAAUUAAUAAAACAAAAUAUACAAGGUUGUAAAGGAAAACCAUUAUAAAGAAAUAAA